CCGCAUUAUUCCAUCCAUUCAUUCACAUUAGUUGAUUGUUGAACCCAUCCUUCCUUUUUAUUUUAAAUUUAUUUUUUACUCAUCCAUCUUUUUUUUUAAGAGAAAAAACCCCUUUCCGCUUGUCCCUAACAGACUACACAUCUCUCUUUUUCCGGUCCCGGUCACUCUCUUCUUUCUCUCAGCCAUGGCGUCCCAGGGCGACUUCAAGACCGCCAUCACCAACCGGUCGCUGCGGACUGUCCGAUUGGAGCUCGAAUUCCUUGCAGAUGCGUCGGUCAUUACUCCGCAACAACUGUCCUCGAUUCUGUCCCAACUACCCACGGAGAAUACGGAACGCUCAGUCUCCUCUGUACCCCCAUCGCAGCCAUCUGUUCAGCGGCAUCAACCCCCUGUUGCAGCCCCGGCCCCAACUCAGCCUUCUCCAGCCCCGUACUCUCCCCCAAUUCAACAAUUCGCCAAUACCUCGUUGAACGAGAAAGCCGCCUAUCACCAACCGGCCCCGCAGCAUUAUCCAACUCCCCCACCUCCUGCGUAUCCCCAAACUCCUCCAGUGCUGUCCGUCGCCUCUGCGCUCUACGCUUAUACCCCUACGGAUCCCGGUGAUCUGGCCCUGCAGCCACAUGACCGCGUUCAAGUGUUAGAGCAUAUGAACGCCGAUUGGUGGCGUGGUCGUAAUGAGCGGACUAAUUUGGAGGGUAUCUUCCCUCGUAGUUAUGUCAACGUGAUUGAAAAUAAGGCAGCGCCAGCUCCUCCUUCGAGUUACGGAAACAUGCCCCUCGAAGUCAGUCAGAGUGGCUCCGGGGAAAAUCCCGACGAGAAGAAAGGAAAGUUUGAGGAGCAUGGCAAGAAGUUUGGCAAGAAGCUGGGCAAUGCUGCUAUCUUCGGUGCUGGUGCUACGGUUGGCUCCAACAUUGUGAAUAGCAUCUUCUAGUGUAUUAGUCUCUACCAAACCCCUGAUUUUAUGAGGAGCCUAGAGUUGAAUAUCGUGCGGAUUGAUUCCGGUUUUGCUCCUCUGGUCCCUUCUUUUUCGUCCCCGGAAAUGGCGUUGGUGGUGUUCUUUCUUUUGCUCCUCGGGAGCCUCUUGCGGUUGGCCUGUUGGCGAUUCAUUGGGAAGCGUGUGUUACGGAUUACUUAUAACAUGAUCCAUAGCCACUACGUUAAUAGUAUUAUCAGAAUACAACUUUCCACGCUAUGAUCUAUGGGCUCCCGGUUAGAGGAUAUUAAGAGAUAAUUAGUGGGAAGAUAUUGAUGUCGAGUCAGCCACAAAAGGAAACAAAAACAAUGCCUGGUUUGAACUCCAGACACAACUUCUUAACCUCCAUGCCACUCUGACUUUUCCUUUUUCACGGGUCUUUUGAGUUUUCUAUUUGAAACCACUCUCCCCCCACUAAGAGAAUCUCUCUAAUUCCUAUGCGCCCGCGUUGGACGUUUAAGCGCCGGCGAUCAUGUAUGGUCACAUAAUUAGAAAAACUAGACCCAGCAAGCUGGC